GGGAUGGUGGGGGCGGAGAAUUUGGGGGAGGGGAGGGUGGUGGAGGGGGAGGAGGAGAAGGGGGAGGCGGAGGGGGAGAAGGGGGAGGGGGAAAAGGGGGAGGGGGAGAAGGGGGAGGGGGAGACGGGGGAGGGGGAAAAAGGGGAGGAGGAAAAGGGGGAGGCGGAGCAGGGGGAGGCGGAGCAGGGGGAGGCGGAGAAGGGGGAGGAGAAGGGGGAGAGGGGGAAGGGGGAGGGGGAGAAAGGGGAGGGGGAGAAGGGGGCGGAGGGAAAAGAGGAGGGGGGGAAGGGGAGGAUGGCGGAGGGUUGGGAGGCGGCAAGUUGGGGGGUGGGGGAGGAGGCGAGGGAGCAGUGGGCGGAGGGGCGUGA